AUGAAAUCUCUAGCGCGACAGGGAAUUGGGAUUGAUAAGAGACAGGCUGCUGUGAUAAGUGUUGAACAGGAGGAUGUGUUGUGGAAAAAGGGAAUUUUAGGUGAGGACACCCCUCAAAAACUCCUAGACACUCUAGUGUAUCUGAUUGGUUUGAACUGUGCAUUAAGAGCUGGGGAUGAACACAGAAAUCUAAGGGUGGGACCGAAUUCACAGUUCUACCUGACCGAUACCGAAGAUGGGUGUAAAACUCUUAGGCCUAAAGAUGGCAAGUGUUCUGCUUUCUAUCUCCGACCACUCAGGUUUGUGAAAGAUAACACGUGGUUUGCUGACUGUCCUAUUGGUAAACAUCCUUUGAGAGGAACAGUCGGGCGAAUAUGCAAACUUGCUGGGUUUGCAGGAUUCUACUCCAACCACUCUCUGAGAGCAACAACAGCUACACGUCUCUACGACGCCGGUGUAGACGAACAGCUUAUUGCAGAGAGGACGGGGCAUAAAUCUGUAGCCAUUAGGAGUUACAAGAGAACAUCAUCUGAGAUGGAGGCCCGGGUUGAUGACAUAAUACAGAGGAAACGCCCAUCUGUCACAGCUGCAGCUACAGCCACAUCCACGACAUCGUCGCCCACGUUCUCGGUCUCCGCCCCUCCAUCCGCCACUGAACCCGCCACUGAACAUGCCACUGUAGUCCAAGAUGGAACUUCUUCCCCGCGAGAUCUUCAACUAGUUUUGAAAGAUGGUGUGACUCUGUCUCUUAAAUUUUGAAUUAAAAUAUAAUGUUAUUUGUG